AAUGCCACUAUCUGUAGAUGCUAAUGAACAAGACAAUGUUGAAUUUCGAUGCAGUCCUAAAGAUAAAGACAAUGCCCAUACAUCUUGGUUUAUAAAUGGUGAAUCUAUCUCUAAACUUGAUCUAGAUCCAAGCUGGGUUGUGAAUAAAUAUUCUUUGAUCAUAAGUAAUGUUACAGCCGAAGAUAUCCAAGUGAUACAAUGUAACAUUUCUUCACACCAUGGAUACAUUUUCGCAAAUGCAUAUUUGAACGUGAAUAUAAAGCCGAGAAUACAAGUAAAAGCUCUUCAGGAUGUCGUUGAGGGAGCAACUGCAGUGUUGGCUUGGAAAAUAAUCGGUCAUCCGAAACCUAAUGUCUAUUGGAUGAAGGGAAACGUGAUAAUUUCGGAAAACGCAAGAUUUAGAGUAACUACUGAUGGCUUUUUAAGAAUCUUCAAUGUAUCUACAGAGGAUGCCGGACUUUACACUUGCACAGCGAAAAACACAGCGGGAAAGAUGUCGGCCAGAGGAUCUCUGGUUGUGAUUAGUCCUUCUGUAGCAGUAAAUAAACAAGACCGUGUUUACAAUAAAAGAGAAUCAACAGUUAAGAGUCCAGACAAUACUGAAACAAAAACGGAAAAUCUUCCAAAGAAAAGUAAUAAGAAAAUAUAUAUGAAUAGUGGAGGAUUUGAAGUGGAAGUAACGAAUAUAUUUUAUAUGUCUUUUCUUGCCUUUUUUAGUAAAUUUCUUUUAUAA